AUGUUGGGCUGGUCAGCGUCGGUCCGGUUCGUCACACGAGAUACCGUCAUUGGCGGGAAGCGCAUGCGCAAGGGCAGCCGUAUCCUUGUGCCGCAUCGACUGCUGCAUUUCGACGAGGGCAUAUUCGGCGAUGCCACGCACCAAUUCCGCACCGAGCGCUGGCGCAGCAACAAGAACCUGCCUCGCAGUCCCUCGUUCCGGCCGUUUGGCGGUGGCAAGACCAUGUGUAGCGGACGGUUCAUUGCCCGCUUCUCCGUGACGAUCUUUGUAGCCACGCUCCUGCACCGCUUCGACGUCGAGCUGGUGGGAAGCCCAAGGUUCCCCCGUGCCGACGAGGGGCGACCUGUGCUGGGGACCAUGUCCAUCAGGGAGGGUGAUGAUUUCAAUAUCAUGCUGACUCCCAGGCCGGAGUUUGCAAAAUGUAGGGACGAAAGUGGCGCGAGUACUCUUGGAUCAGGCUUUUUGGAGUGGUGA